UCCAAGUGCAUAUUCCAGAAUCAGAGAGAAGCUCAUGCAGUCAUGCGUCAACCAGAGGUUUUUUAGCUUCAGCAAACCACUCUUCUUCCUCCGACAAAACCUCGGCCAUGGCGAUGAGCUUCUUCUUGUCCACCGGCUCCACUUCCAUCCUCCUCCCCAUCCGCCGCGAGCCCGCCGCAUCUCCCUUCCUCUCCUUCCCCCUCAAGCCCCGCCGCUUUUCUCCCCGCUACCGGUUCCCUCUCAGACCUCUGCGCUUCUCCAGAAUCCCCUCCUCCUCGUGCAAGGCCCCCACAACGAACGUCCUCUCGUCCGUCGCCUCCGCCUCGAGGACCCUCCUCUUCCUGCUCGCCGCCGGCCUUCUCUCCCUCUCACUCUCCGGCGUCCGCCCGCUCCCCGCCCUCGCGUCUGCUCCACCGCUAACCCAACAACCGCAAGAAAUCGAAGGGCAAGACGAGCAGCAAGAAUCCAAAGAAAGGAAGCAGCAAGAAGAGGUUGAAGGCAAGCAAGAAGAGGAAGAUGAGGAGAAAGAGGACAUGCUGCAGCAAGAGGACGAUGAGGUGCGGAUGUAUUCGGCGAUUCUGAGCCGCAACCCGGGCGACGUGGACGCUCUGAAGUGCGCGCUGUACGCCAAGAUGAGGCGCGCGGACUGGGGCGGCGCGCUGCGGUACGCUCGGCGGCUGCGUGACGCCGAGCCCGGCGAGGUGGAGUGGCGGCUGAUGGAGGCGCAGCUGCACGAGCUGAGGGGCGACCUCGCCGCGGCCGAGCGGGGGUUCAGGGAGGUCCUGGCAGAGGAGCCCCUCCACAUCCGGGCUCUCCAUGGACUUACACUGUGUAUGCAUAAGAGACUCGAGGGCCCUACUGUUUUUGAAAUGCUUGAAAAUGCUUUGCAACUUGCAAUUUCUGACAAAAGGGUCCCAGAAGAGCGCAACAUAAAGCUUUUGAUUGCACAAAUGCAUGUUGUCAUGGGUCAGUUGGAUGUUGCAUCUGAGAAACUACAAAAUCUCAUAAACGAGGAUCCUCGAGAUUUUCGGCCUCAUCUUUGCCAGGGCAUUGUUUAUGCACUUCUGGACAAAAAAGACGCAGCAGAUGAGCAAUUUGAUACAUAUAGAAGCCUUGUGCCGGAUGAAUUCCCAGAUAAGAGUUUUAUCAAUGAUGUCAUACUGGCAGCUAAAACGGAGUCAAAUGAUCGGAUACAAAGGGAUUUUGUAUCAGAGUUCCUAUCGAAGAAAUGAUACAUCAGGAUUUCCAGCUGAACGGCUCAAUACUCCUGGUAGAGUAGAGAGUUGUAUAUUGAUAUUUUACACAAGUGCACCAAUGUUACAAUCGAGAUCAGCGGGGGCUCAAGGCCCUACCCGGGGAGCCCCUCAAUACCCCUUCAAUUUUUAGGUAUGGAGGAGGAAGAAGAGAAAAUGAAGAGAGGAGGAAGAAUAAGAGGAGGCUUCUGAGUGUUCUUUAGGUCCCGGAGCGCCGCGGAGGCAUAACUAUAAAAAUGAACAUUUGAAUAGUUGAUCGCUAAUAAUCCGGUGAAGGGAGGAUUCUUCAGAGCUCUUAGCUUUUUUUGCUUUGAAUCUGUCACUGAUUGAGACAUAAUCUAAACUAUAAAUGAGUGGAUGCGUCUGGUGUUAUAUCCCAUCAAACAAACAAUCCAACGGCUCUUAUUGGUU